CGACGAUCGACGUCGAACGCGCGCGGUGAUGUCGAUUCCUCAAUGGACUGCUGCGUGGCGACCAGACAUUCGCCGGCUGCUGCAUCUCCUGCAGGAACCCAUAGACGCUUCAUCCUCACAAGCAUCCGCUUAUGCUGUCGACGAGCUGCAAGUGGACUUUUAUGUGCGCAAGUUGCAUGCGCACGUGUACUUGGAGCCAAGCACUGAGCGCAUGAAGAACGCGGCCGAAGGUGUGGUACGGACACUGGAGUUCCACCAUCGAAACCGCCAUGCUGCAAGGAUUUCCACUAUCUUCUUUGGCGACGGUCCCCAGCCUCGUCCGUCGUUGCGCAUCCCAACGCGCGUCGCAUGCUUGCUCCUGGAGCUCGCAAACUCGCCAUUGUCCAUCACGCCGACCGAGUUGGAUGAGAUUGACCUCGUGCGCAUCGCAUGCGAGUCGCGUUCGUCCAUGGCAUUUCACGACGAACAGCGCACUCGGGCGGCCACGCGGGCGUUGGUCCAUGAACUGAACGAACUAACAAUGGAAGAUCCUUGGUUUGCAUCUCGGAACGACGACAGGGACGACGACGACACCGCCCUGUGGGCGAGUGACGACGACGAUGACAAUGUUUCGACGGCGCAAUUCGAGGGGCGGCACCCUCCACCGCCACCACGUACUUUCGCAAAAAAUGAUCCAGACCACGAGCCAUCCUCCUCCACCACCGACGACGGUGUCGACAACGAUGCCACGAAAGGAGAUGCUUCCUCUUCUGUCUUCUCCUUGACACGAGAACCAGAACUACCUUUGGAGAAGGAAUCCUAUCGGUCGACCAAGCCGUGGCUGCUGUACCAAGGCUACGCCGCCACCCUCGAGCAGCACACGACGCCGCUGCGAUUUCUGCUCAAGACAAUAGUUCCCGAGCAUGUCUUUGUGGACCAUGUGCUGCUGGCGCUGCUGGGCUGCACCUCCACGACGUUCCAAGCCACCCCCACGUCCAUGGAAGCGCGUCCAUUCUGGUCGUCCAUGCCGUUCGCCGCCUUCUCGCUGGCGCCGUCGUUGCCGUCCGUGUCCCAUCUCACGCCAGCCUGCUUGUACCAAAGUUUAGCCCGUUGGAGUGACGUGGCGACGUCACUGUCGUUUAUUCGUGCCGCCGCUGCCCACGUCGGAUCGAUUCCAGCAUCGACGUUGCAGGGGUGGUCGCAUGCGCUGCGGGCCUUGGUCCAGGAUGCCGAUCGCGCCGUGUCGACUCUGAUGCAGCUGACCAUGGUUGAAACAAGACGACGCCCGACGCUGAUCUGUCUGUGGGUGGAAUUGCAGCCGCUCGUUGACGACGCCAUGUGGCUGCGGCAGGUGGUGCUGCACAUGCUUGAACCAUGUGAACACAUCCAAUCACCCACGACACGUCACGUCACGGCGACGGUGCUGUCGUCGUUGAGUGGUCUGCUGGAGCUGUACACUGUUCUCGACGACACCAAGCACUUUGUGAUGCUCGCAACGUGGUUUCGCCAUGCUAUGAAGCCAUAUCUGGCGCGACUGGACGAGUUCCUGCAAGGCCAUCCCGCGGCCGUCGAGCUGGGCUUUGAGUCUGUUAGCAUUGCAAAGCGUGGCGCCUUCAUCCAAACACUCUUUCAAUCGAUUCAAGUCCCACCGUCCACUGCCCCGCCGUCGUUCUUGGUCAACAUGUCGUCGCUUGUGUUGGAAGCCCAUGCGUAUACUAUCUUGACGCGGCCAGAAACCACCCCAACUGUGCUACCUGCUUCUGCUCAUGCAUCCGAUUAUCCCAAGCCACAAACACCCCCGUCGACAUUGCCGCCGUGGAGCCAAUCCUAUGACCAUGCACACAUUCCAAGGGGAUUGCCACGUCACGACAUGAUUUCUACUACCACGAGUACUCAACCACCUAGUCGUUUGGAUUGGCUGCCGCACUCCAAUGCAGACGUGGGGGUGCCACCGGUAUCGUUUAACGAGCACUUGAAAACCCAUCUGAUUGAACCGUUGACAGCUAAAUGUAUGGUCAUUGGACACGUUCUGGCCACUCAAGUUAAGCUCGUGUGGCGAGUGGUCGACCAUUGGCAAACCCUGCGCCUGUUUGUCCUGCAGUACCAGCCGGACACGUCGAGUUGGCUCAGUGACCAGCUGGUCCAACACAUCAUGGUCCCAACACUGCGUUCUCGGUGGCGCGAUAGUUAUGCGUUGAACGCGCUGUAUCGACAAGCCAUUGCCAUGGCCUCCAUGAGCGACCCAUACCUGCACGACGCCGCCGCGCGCAUCACUUUGACUUUGCACAAUGACCUUCCAACUACAGCGCCUGGUAUCACAUCGCUGAACGCCAUUGGUUUCCACUAUGAUGCCCCUGGUCCGUUGAAAAUUCUCUUUCGAAGUGAUGUCCUCUCCCGCUUGUCCAAAGUCGGCAUCUUGUUGCUUCAAGUUCAAGGUGUCGAACGAACACUCGUCUCGAUCAAGCAAACCAUCAUGCGCAAGCUUCCAAAUGUGCCAGCGAUGCAUGGUCACUUGGUGGAGGUGGCAGCGAUGCUUCAUUUUGUCAAGCAAAUCCACAUGUACUUUCGACAGCAGACGGGGUCGGACAUGUGGGACAGUGUUGUGGAUGCCAUGGAGCAAGCGACUUUGGUGUCGGAGAUGAACGACGCCAUGGAACAGUCCAUUGCUCACAUGCUGGAGCGCUGCUUUCUGGUCGAAAGGGUACAUAUUGCCCUAUGUUAAGCGAGACGUGUUUGAUCGUGUGGUUGUAGCAUGCAUCCGUGCACGAAUACUUGAUGCAACUGGUGCAUCACAUCGUGGUUUACAUGGCGUGCUUUGAAGAUAUCUUGUCGGAGCAGCUCUUGCAGGGAAAUGUGGACGAAGCCAUUGCCGCCAGUGGGCUGGCUGCCGCCGCGUCCAAGUUCAAGCGCGCACACGGAUAUGUUAUGAUUGCGCUGCAGUCCAUGGCCACAGCUGGGUCGGCAUCGCACUUGCACGAAUUAGUGCUGCAAUUAAAUUACAAUCGCAUGUUCCCGUAAUCUCGACUUUGAACAGCAAUUUAC